AUGGCGCGACGGUUGACGCUCCUGGUGACGUCCUGGGACGGGACCGCGCGGCGGUACGCGUGCCGCGCGCGCGAGAUCGGGGACGUGAAAUCGUUGAACUCGAUCGAUUUGGGCGCGCCCGCGCUGUGCGGGACGUUCGUCGGGACGGAUGAGGACGCGGCGUGCGUGGGAUGCCUCGACGGGUCGGUGCGCCUCGUCGAUUUUAAAACUGGCGCGUUUCGCGUCGUCGGCGCGCACGACGACGGCGCGGUGUCGGCGGUGGAGUACGAUGAUGCGACGAAGAAAUUGUUUACGUUUGGCUGGGAUCGAACGAUUAGGGCGUGGGAUUUGACGAAGGACGAGCGAGGGCGCGCGGUGUCGACGACGAAGACGGCUGGGAAGUGCUACGCGGCGGAUUUGAGAGACGGUAAGAUUUUCGUGGCGACGAGCGAUGGGCAAGUUUUGGCGUACGAGACGCGAGAUUUAGUGCGCGCGCCGCCGCGUCCGUUGAUAAAUAGACGUUCGAGCAUGCGGUUUCAAACGCGCGCCAUCGCAGCAAAUAUCCGAGGCGAUGGAUUCGUGGCCGCGAGCGUCGAGGGACGCGUAGCGGUGGAGUUCAUACGCGAUGAAGAGAACGACAAGCGAAAAUAUGCGUUCAAGUGUCAUCGCAAAACCGAUGACGCGAGCGUGGGUGAGAUUGUUUAUCCCGUCCACGCGGUGGCGUUUCAUCCCGUCCACGGCACAUUCGCCACGGGCGGCGGCGACGGUUACGUCAAUUUUUGGGAUGGCGACGCUAAAAAGCGACUUUUUCAGUCGCCCCGCUACCCCACCUCCAUCUCAGCGCUCGCUUUCAGUCCUUGUGGGUCCUUGCUCGCCAUCGCGUCUUCGUACGCGCACGAAGAGCGAGAGAACAACAAGCCCGAAGACCGCGUCUUCCUUCGCGAGACGCGCGCCGAGGAAGUCACCCCGAAAUCGGCCAAGACAUCCUAG